AUGGCAGCAAAAGCCUUACCAAAGAUGUUUGGCCUAGACUUAUCCAUUCUGCAAUCUAAUAGCAGAUCCUACUUCGGCCCCGAGGAUACUAAGAUUCUUGAGGACUUUUGCGCUAGUAACGAGACCUUUCAAGACUUCCUUGCUGCCGAUAAUCGUCCAACUCUGAGCAACCUUCGCACUUAUGACUGGGGUCUGCCGGAGUUGUAUAAGAUGCUCGGCCAUGAUUACGAUACCCUUACCGGCGUCGUUAAUCAUGAAGGCCAGGCUAUCCUUCCUAUCUUGAACGAAAAGGUCCGUUCUAAGAUCGUUCGCAUAUGCAGCAGUAGCAGCCGUGCUGAGUCCGGUAUCGGCCGCUCUUUUCGUCGUCAGCGUAGCGAAACUCCAGGUAGCAUAAAGAGCUUCAGAGAUGCGAGCCGUGAGCGUAGCGAAACCCCCGGCAUGGUAAUUAAUAAUUACCGAUCGCUUGUUCUUGGUAACGAGCCUACGCCAUCUACUAAGUACUUGACUCCUACAGUCGAGGCCGAAGAAGAUGUUCGUAAGCAGAAUUAUUUAUCAACUACCCGUCGAGCUUCUUCUGUGGCCGCCAAUCCAAGCUCCGCCAAGUCUUACACCAAUAAAGCCUAUCGUGUAAACACUGCCGGUACCGAAGCUAAACCACAAGGAGAGAAUCUUAUGGCUACUCAAGAGCAGCUCAUGGCUGCUAUAGCUCGCAAGCGUACGAUUUCGCUAAAAAGACGCUCGAUCGAGAAAAAGAAAGAUGCUUUUGAAGCAUCCGAAUCCUCUGACGAACAAGAUGAAGAAGAUAUUUAA